CACGACGCCAGAACACGUACCUAUCGCGAGGUUUUCACGUAUAGCUCGAAUAGCUCGGUUGGUGCUGAGGAUUUCUCGUGUUUUCUUCUGCUUUAUUGUUUUAAAAGCAUCGCAGAGGACUGCGCUUCGCUUAUUCGUCGCCAGUUUCUUCCAGCUGCGUGGAAGGAAAGUCAUCGGAUCUUGAGUUUAACGAAUCUUUAUGAUGAGUUAUGCUGAAAAGCCAGAAGACGUCACAAAAGAGGAGUGGAUGGAGAAACUGAACAAUGUUCAUAUACAGAGGGCAGACAUGAAUCGGCUCAUCAUGAACUACCUUGUGACAGAGGGCUUUAAAGAGGCCGCCGAAAAGUUCCGGAUGGAGUCUGGGAUCGAGCCGAGUGUAGAUCUGGACUCUUUGGACGAAAGGAUAAAGAUCAGAGAGAUGAUCUUGAAGGGGCAGAUUCAGGAAGCUAUUGCCCUCAUUAACAGCUUACACCCAGAGCUGCUUGACACCAACAGAUACCUGUAUUUCCACCUACAGCAGCAACAUUUGAUUGAAUUAAUCCGGCUAAGAGAGACGGAGUCAGCGCUGGAGUUCGCUCAGACACAGCUUGCAGAGCAGGGUGAGGAGAGCCGAGAAUGCCUGACAGAGAUGGAGCGGACACUAGCUCUUCUGGCCUUUGACAACCCAGAGGAUUCGCCCUUCGGUGAUCUGCUUAACAUGAUGCAGCGGCAAAAGGUUUGGAGCGAGGUAAACCAGGCUGUGCUGGACUAUGAAAACAGGGAGUCGACACCCAAGCUGGCUAAGCUGCUGAAGCUGUUGCUGUGGGCUCAAAACGAGCUGGACCAGAAGAAGGUGAAGUACCCUAAAAUGACGGACCUGAGCUCAGGGACCAUCGAGGACCCCAAGUGAACAGAGCCACCACCUUCAAUGUCUCCUUAACCUAUGAUCAGUCAGUGACUGCGCUUAACUCAUUUUCUGAACUGUAACUGCUGGUAUUGCAAAGUGACACAAAUAAGCGGGUUUAAUUAGAGUUUCUGGGUUUUGAAAUGGAUCCGGGUGGCAAGUUAAAUUAGUUGUUUUCUAUUUUGUCUUUUAAAGCUGUUCGUAUCAUUUUUGGUGACCAUUUACAAAGAAAAAAAAAGUUUGAGCCGAAGAUCUUAUUUUGCCAUAAAGAAAGUUAAAGGAAUAACUGAUCAAAGGUGUGUGUGUGUGUGUGUGUGUGUAGCCAGUAUUUCGACUGCUGCAACUGUUGGCGACACGUAGUUUUAUUCUUUUGUUUUGCUAAAAUUUUUGCCUCCUGCAUAAAUGUGCAAGAGCUUUGGUGAUAACGUUGUUAAUGAAUUAGGCCCGCAAACUGACAUAAUGAAGUCAUUCAUCACACACCCUGCAUGAUUCAGACAAAUGUAAACAUUUGCAACGUGACCCAAUAGAUUCCAGUUGAAAAUGUCCAUAUUUGUCCCAACCAGCCCAGAGAUGCUGGCUCUAAGUGGAUGAGGGACGAGUGAAACUGAAGAUUUCAGACUGAGUUGGUUUUAAAUCAGAUAUGAAUUUUAAUGUUUCUAAGGCAAAAAGUGAUUAUUUUUCCACUCACUGAAAAGGUAGGUUUUAACUCAUUCACUGCCAGCGUUUCUCACUGUUUUUACUGUUUUUUUAAGAGUGACAGAACGUUGUGCGCUAAGAUGACGUUGACGCCAAAACAACCAAAACAAAGCAGAGACUCAGCUCUGACAUCAGGAAGAAUCCGCGCGUUUCGAGCGUUAUCCGUUCUUUCAUAAUCCGUUGUUGAAUUGUGAUCGGCAGAAGCUUUUCCGGUUCACGCUUCACUUUUUUUUACAGCAGCGGCCCAAAACGAUCUCCUAACACAUGGAUGUUCUGCUUCCUGAUCACGUGACGUGGGACGUACGCGGAUGAAGAUCGGCUUUAGAGCUGAGAUGUUUGUUCUCACGGUGCGGGGGCUCGUCCGACGCCCACACAGUAAAAAAAUACAAAUGACGACUUUAGUCGUCAUUGGCAGUGAAUGAGUUAAUAUAGUUUUAAUUUGUGUUAUAUUCUAUGGUUGUGUUCACCUUUUUGCGUGAGUUUGGUCCAGUUCACUAAAAGGUAGAUUAUUAUGCCAUAUCUGGGAUAAAUGCCUUUAUUGUUCCACGUGUGUAACAGAAACGGGCUGAAAUCAGAGGAUUGCCUUUGGUUUUGUAUUUCUGAUGCAGGAUUUAAGUGCUGCUGGAGAGAAAAGGCAGCUUGUAAAAAUCUGACUGCAUUUUAGUUCAGAUGUUUUUGUGAAACGAAUUCAGAGAGCUGCUUUUUUUCUGUCUUUGAUAAUUUAUUAUUCAGUGUUCAUAAAGUGUAAAUCUAAACCUGUAUUUUCAAGAGUUCUUUUAUUUUUUCACUGCAUGUGUGUGGUUUGUUUUUGGACUUGUGUUUAUUUAUUUUUUAUUUGUGUUUCUAAAGAAAACAAACUUGCUGCUACUUGUCCAUAUUACGUUCAAAGUUUGCAUUGUCUUUAUAGGAUUUGGCUUUGAGACCCAAACAGAUUACAACUUUUAUGAGUCCACAUUUCUAUGGUCAAAUUUGGGAAAAAAAUCCACAUAAAAUAAAAAUUAAAAUUCA